GACUUUGACCCGCUCCAACUAGUCAGAGUCUUCAUUCAACUAUUCUCUAUGAUAGAGAUCCAACUAUUGACUUGUCUAAUAAGUCUCUGCAGAUUUAGAGGCCACAUGACAUGACUUUAUCUUAUCAUUCAGAUUGAAUUGCAACUCUCUCCUCCUCUGUUCAAGCCUUUCCAACACACAAUGCUUAGGCUUCUCGUCGUAAUCGUCCUUCUUUUCCUUCAAUCUGAAAAGAAUGCAGCAGCAGGCAGCAAAGAAGAAAAAAAGGAGAUAGAAGAGUUUAGCAAGAGCUGCCCACCCUCAACAUGCGGUGGCGAAGGCGGGCCUGAGAUUCGAUUCCCUUUUCGGCAAGAAUUAAGCCCUCCAUUCUGUGGUGCACCUGGAAUGGAACUCUCGUGUUCCGGCAACACCACAAUCCUAACACUCCCAAAUCUCGGCUCCUACAAUGUUACUGCAAUCGACUACCGCCUCGCUGCGAUCACUGUCAAGCUCCCCGACACGUCGGCGCCGUGUCCGCUUUGGAACCGAAGAUCCAUUGACCUGAGGACUCCCAUAUACAAGCCUUAUGAGAUUGUGAAUGUCAUCUUAGUAAGCUGCUCAAGAAACCUCUUCCCACAAAAUACAACGUUACCAACCUCCUGCCUCAGAAGUGGACAUGAUCGGUUUGUUUACGUGUUUGGUGCGCAAGAAUACAUGGACACAAUCCCUUCAUACUGCAUGGUGACCUCAAAGGUUCUGAGAAUUCCUGCUAAGGACUAUCAGGGUGCACAAGGACUCUCCUUGGAAGAAAUUGUUAACGAUCUCGUCGUGCGACGUGAGAUCACCCUCAGCUGGUCUGUUCCUGAGAUUACUGAUGUAUGCAAAGACUGUGAAGCAGCAGGGAAGACUUGUUAUUUUAGUAUCAGUAGGAACACAGCUUUCUGCAGGCAUCACAGUGAAAAAAUCGUCAAGCUCACUACAGGAACAUCUGCAGCUGCAUUUGUUAUACUGCUGGUAGCAGUCAUUACACUCUACAUUUUCAGAAAAUCCGAGAAGGAAAAAGAAACGCGCAUCAAAGUCGAAAAGUUCCUCGCAACAUAUAGCGACACAAAACCGACUCGAUACACUUUCUUGCAACUUAAGAAGAUGACUCGGCGGUUCAAAGUCCAACUGGGGCAGGGCGGUUUCGGAAGUGUGUACAAAGGUGUGUUGCCAAACGGAGUCCCUGUGGCAGUUAAGAUGCUCGAGAGAUCGAAGGGCGAGGGCGAAGAGUUCAUCAACGAAGUCGCAACCAUCGGAAGGAUUCACCAUGUCAAUGUGGUUCGCCUGCUAGGAUUCUGCUCUGACGGAUCGAGGCGCGCGCUAAUCUACGAGUUCUUGCCGAAUGAGUCCCUAGAGAAGUACAUCUUCUCGCACGGUUCUACGAGCCAUCAAGAACCAUUUAGGAUGGACAAGUUGCAGGAGAUAGCAAUAGGAAUUGCUCGCGGGAUAGAGUAUUUGCACCAGGGAUGCGACCACCGCAUUCUGCACUUCGACAUCAAACCGCAUAAUAUUUUGUUGGAUCAUCAUUACAAUCCCAAGAUCUCCGACUUCGGCCUCGCAAAGCUGUGUUCAAGGGAUCAAAGCAUUGUUACAAUGACAGCAGCUAGAGGGACAAUGGGCUACAUUGCACCAGAGAUAUAUUCUAGAAACUUCGGAACGGUGUCGUAUAAGUCUGAUGUUUACAGCUUCGGAAUGCUGACGCUAGAAUUGGUAAGCGGAAAGAAGAUUGCUGAUCCAGAGAUUGAAAACCAAGGUGAGGCUUACUUCCCGGAGUUGGUUUACGAGCAGUUAGUCAGCAGGCAAGAAUUAGAAUUGGAUAUAGAAAUGACCGCAAGUGAAGAAGAGAUAGCGAAGAAACUCGCGAUUGUUGCAUUAUGGUGCGUACAAUGGAAUCCGGUGAAUCGCCCGACCAUGUCGAGGACGGUGCAGAUGCUGAUGGGGAGUUUGCAGGACUUGGAAAUGCCCCCAAAACCAUUUGUCCCCUCAUUAGGAUAUGAUGCUAGCGAAGUUCCUAAUGAAGUGUAGGAG